CCCUCUUCCUCGCAUUCCCUGGCGUCAUCUCUUCACUCCUUCUCUCUCUUCAAAACCUCUUUCUUAAACCUCUCCCUCUCUGAUCUCCCCUCACAUCCCUCGCCUCCCUCUCUCUGCUUCAUUUGAUUUGCCUUCAGCUCCAUUGAUCAUGUGUGGUGGUGCCAUCAUCGCCGACUUCAUCCCCCGUCACCGUGGCCGCCGUCUUACCGCCUCUGACAUCUGGCCCAACUCUUUCGGCAAGCCAAAUGACGACUCCGACUUCGACUUCCAUUUUCCUCAGCCAGGCCACUCUGUCUCCCGCAAAUCAACCCAUCCUUCCCCAGUUGAUCAGCAAGCCGAGAAACCCGUGAAGAGGCAGAGGAAGAACCUCUACCGUGGGAUCAGGCAGCGUCCCUGGGGUAAAUGGGCCGCGGAGAUUCGCGACCCCAGGAAGGGGGUUCGUGUUUGGCUUGGCACCUUCAACACUGCUGAAGAAGCCGCCAGGGCCUAUGACAGAGAAGCUCGAAGAAUCCGCGGCAAGAAAGCCAAAGUCAAUUUCCCCAAUGAAGACGAUGCCUACUCCCUUCAGGCUCGCCGUAAUAAUCCACCGCCUCCGCUCCGAUCCCCCAUUUCUCCCCUGUAUCCGCAACAGUACGGCUCAAACUUGAACAAUGUGCCUAAAAGUUUCAGUUUGGAGUUUGGCUAUGAUCUGAACCAGGCGGGCACAAUUCCUUCCUUCGGAUUCGACACCAAUCCAACUCUCGUUUCUGGAGAUAAGAACUCUGGAUGCGGGUCAGGGUCAGGGUCAGGGUCAGGGUCAGUGUCAGUGUCCGAGUGUGCCUACUCCAGGAUGCAACUGCUGGACUCGAGUCACAAAGGAAACGGCUAUUCCUGUGAGGAUUCGAACAUGGACGUGGAAGGAAAAGCGAACACGGUGGUGACGGAAGCGGAGGAAGAGAAGAACGAGAUAGAGAAGCUGUCGGAGGAGCUAAUGGCGUACGAGAACUGCAUGAAGUUCUAUCAGAUUCCAUAUUAUGACGGGCAAUCGACGGCGUCCAAUAAUGUACAGGAGAACGUGGUGGGCGAUCUGUGGAGCUUCGACGAUGAGGCCGUCCAGGUUUCGGUGACGUCAUCGGCCCUGUGAAGGCUCGUGUCUGUGGAUACUGGAUUCCUUCUUGCUUGCUGGGGAAGGGCGGAGAAACAGAAUGGGCGGAGGAACUGGCGAUUUAAGUCCGAUGUUUUCGAGUUGAAUUGUAAUGAUUUCCCUUUGCUUUUCUUGAUGAACAAUGUUUAUUUUGGGCUGCAUGAAUUUUAGGUGUAAUUACAUUAAAUUCAAUUCAUUCGAUUAGUUGAU